AUGGCGAUGCAGCUGGAGGCAAACGCAGAUACGUCGGCCGAGGAGGAGAGCUUUGGGCCACAGCUCAUAUCUAGGCUAGAGCAAUGUGGGAUCAAUGCAAACGACGUGAAGAAAUUAGAAGAAGCCGGAUUUCACACGGUUGAGGCUGUUGCUUAUGCACCAAAGAAGGAGCUACUAAAUAUUAAAGGCAUCAGCGAAGCCAAAGCUGACAAAAUCUUGGCCGAAGCAGCUAAACUGGUCCCGAUGGGUUUCACCACAGCAACUGAGUUCCACCAGCGAAGGUCAGAGAUCAUCCAGAUCACCACUGGCUCCAAGGAACUUGAUAAACUUCUUCAAGGAGGGAUAGAAACAGGGUCCAUAACAGAGUUAUUCGGGGAGUUCCGUACGGGGAAGACGCAGUUGUGUCACACCCUGGCAGUAACCUGUCAGCUGCCCAUUGACCGGGGAGGCGGCGAAGGAAAAGCGAUGUACAUCGACACCGAAGGGACCUUCCGUCCGGAACGUCUCCUCGCCGUGGCGGAAAGGUACGGCUUGUCCGGCAGCGAUGUCCUCGAUAACGUGGCAUACGCCCGAGGGUUUAACACGGAUCAUCAGACCCAGCUCCUCUACCAGGCGUCGGCGAUGAUGGCCGAGUCACGGUACGCGCUGCUGAUCGUGGACAGCGCCACGGCCCUUUAUCGCACCGAUUACUCGGGCCGAGGGGAGCUCUCGUUUACUCGGACCGGGGGACUCUCGGCCCGGCAGAUGCAUCUGGCCAGAUUUCUGCGUAUGCUGCUUCGGCUCGCGGAUGAGUUCGGCGUGGCGGUCGUCAUCACCAACCAAGUGGUGGCACAAGUUGACGGAGCUGCCAUGUUCGCUGCCGAUCCCAAGAAACCCAUCGGAGGAAACAUCAUCGCGCACGCGUCCACCACGAG